AUGGACUUGAUCGAGCUUCCAGUAGAGCUCCUCAGCCGAGUAUGUCGCUUCCUCGGACGAGCGUCGGGUACCAACAACGACAAGUAUUCAUACAAGAACAGAGACUUUGGAUCGCUGCGAUCGACAUGCAAAGCCAUCUACGCUAGAACGGAAUUCGACGCAAGCAUUCGGUAUGGCCUCCAGGAAUGCUGCUUUGAUCUCGAGCCGUCGUCGCUUGCUCUCUUCCUACACUUGUCCCGUAUCCCCGCCUUCCGCAGUCGAAUGGCGCACAUAAAUCUAUGCGCGCUCACCAAACCCACGACGAUAAGCGACUACGAGUGGUAUCUGCUAUACGAGGACGAGCAGAGCUUUGUGAGAUCUGGUGAAGCCGCCCAUAUGCUCGCCCAAUGUUUCCGCCAACUACGAUUCGCGGACUCUUUCAUCGAACUGGAGCUACCAUAUGGAAAUUGCAUCGUCGGCGAGCAGACAACUGUACUGCGAGCCUUGCAGUUGUCGCGAUUUCCAGAGAAGAUCGCCUUUGUCUACCUCUGGCUCGAGAACUCUCGGAAGCCCGAAUGGGAGCUGUUUGCAGACUCAUUGUCGGAGUUUCGACCUUGGAUCAAGAAAGCUAUCUUCCUAACACCAAAGGCUUACGGUAAAGAUGUUGCAAAGAGUCGCGAAGUUGGAGCUCACAUCAAGAAUGUGCGCCCGGUCCAUCCGGAUGUAUUAGAGGUUGUUGCUGCCACUACUGGUGUUGAACGCCUACAACUCCAAGGAUGCAAUGACAUGCCCGAGCUUCGUAUAUGUCACGGCUGCGAAAGUCUCUUCUCUAAACACAUAAUGGCCCGCUCGUAUGAGCAUUUGCAAUCUCUGGAGCUUUCCGAUCUGUACCUAAGCGGUAGCCGACUCCGGGGAUUUCUCAAUCGCGCCGAGAAUCUGGUGUCUUUCGAGGCAAUUGGAGUGACCUUAACGGAUAGAUCAUGGAAGUCAAUAUACCAGGGAUUGAGGAAGCUACCGCUCUGGCACAUCUACAUCGGUUGCAAUUACCAGAAACGCGGGCCUCUCACACCGACCGUACUUCCCCACGCUUGCCGUAACCGCCACGCAAACAAGAGCGGGAACUACGCCUAUAAUGACAACGUCAAUGUGCUACUCGAUGCUAUGAUAACCCACUUUCACGUUCUUCGCGUGCGCGCAAAUCAGUUGUAUCGUCGUCCAAAGUACUUCGAAGUCUGCUUUUUUGAUGUUCUGGGGUUGAUGAGAGAAACGUAUGAGAGCGACUUACAGAGGUAUGCUGUAGAGGCAGAAGGGAACUGA